CUAAAGUUAUAUGCAGAGCAGCUAAUCUUGUCUUAUUUGGAAUUAUUAGUCAACUCGAGGAAUGAAUUGUCAUUGGCUACAGUCAUAAAUGUUCCAGAUCGAGAUAUUGACCAUCAAUCCUUUACACACAUCAAACACGAAGCUGCCAAAAGAAACUUAUCUAUAUAUCAGACCAUUCUUUCCUUCAUAACUCGAAUUCGAUUGGGUGGAAAGAGUUAUGCCCCUCCCAGUGACAAUCCACUGACCAACCAUAUCAAAGGGUUGUCAGAAUUUGUCGAUGUACUGAAUAAAUUGCACUCUAUAUUGGAGGAA